UGCCAAGACUUCUCGAACCAAUCUCCCAUCAUCUUCAACAUGGAAGAAGCUUUGCUGAAAUCUUCUUCUGUGUUCCCCUACUUCAUGCUUGUGGCUUUUGAAGCUGGAACUCUACUAAGGGCCCUAGUUCUUUUUCUUAUGUACCCUCUUACGUUCUUGGUAAGUGAAAAAGUAGGGUUGAAAAUGAUGGUCAUGGUCUGCUUCUUUGGGAUUAAGAAGGACAGCUUCAGAGUUGGAAGCUCUGUGUUGCCUAAGUUCUUCUUAGAAGAUGUUGGGUUGGAAAGCUUUGAGGUGCUUCAGAGAUAUGGGAACAAGAAAGUUGGCGUCAGUAAUCUCCCUCAAGUUUUGAUCGAGACCUUCUUGAAAGACUAUCUGGAGAUUGAUGUGGUGAUUGGAAGGGAGCUAAAGGUGUUUGGUGGAUACUUUUUGGGUCUCAUGGAAGAUAAGAAGACGAUUAAUUUGACUGUCUUGGAAGAACAUGGUAGCGACGACAAAUUGGGUAGUUCAGAUAUAAUUGGCAUUACUUCCUUCAACCAACGUCUUGAUGACCCAAUAUUCUCGUCUUGCAAGGAUGUUUACCGAGUGAGAAGCUCUGAUAAGAGGAGCUGGAAGAACCUGCCGAGAGAGAAGUACCCAAAUAAACUCAUCUUCCAUGAUGGCAGACUCGCUCUCAAACCAACGCCACUAGAGACUGUAGCAAUCUUCAUGUGGGCGCCAGCUGGGUUUGUACUUGCAGUCGUCAGACUGCUCAUCGGUAUAUCGCUUCCCUACUGCGUGUCCUCGCCUCUGCUCGCCUUCACCGGUCUUCGGCUGACGGUUACGACGCCACAGACGACUCGGACCCUUGUUCCAAACGAGCCUCUAGUAGUUCAAAAUGCUAAACCCAAAGGCGUCCUCUACGUUUGUAACCAUAGAACACUAUUAGACCCCCUGUACUUAUGUUUCUCACUGGGGAAAAAUCUCCAUGCGGUUACCUACAGUCUGAGCAAGAUAUCGGAGAUACUGGCUCCGAUCAAGACUGUCCGAUUAACUAGGAAUCGGCAGCAGGAUCAGGAUAUGAUGGAGAGGUUGUUGAGUCAAGGGGACGUGGUGGUUUGCCCAGAAGGAACCACAUGUCGUGAGCCGUACCUACUCAGGUUCAGCCCCUUAUUCUCAGAAAUAAGUGAUGAAAUUAUUCCGGUUGCCGUUAACACCCACGUUAGCAUGUUUCAUGGUACGACGGCUGGUGGGCUCAAGAGUCUGGAUCCGGUCUUCUUCCUCCUCAACCCUUCACCGAUCUACACGAUUCAAUUGCUGGAGAAGGUGUCAUCGGAAGUGUCAUCGUGUGCUGAUGGGUCGACGUCGAGGUUUGAUGUGGCAAACUACGUCCAAAGGGAGCUUGGUAAGGUUUUGGGGUUUGAAUGUACAAAGCUUACAAGGAGAGACAAGUACUUGAUUUUGGCAGGAAAUGAAGGCAGGGCUGGUUGUACAACUACUGCAUGA